CCCGGGGGGCGUGGCCGGGACACGUGGUGCGGAACCGGCGCUGCAGCUGCGGGCGGGAGUCUCCAGGGUCUGCGGUCUGGUUGAAAGAUGUCGGCCCUCACCACCCUGUUUAAGUACGUGGAUGAAAAUCAGGAUCGCUAUGUUAAGAAGCUUGCAGAAUGGGUGGCCAUCCAGAGUGUGUCAGCAUGGCCUGAGAAGAGAGGCGAGAUCCGCAGGAUGAUGGAGGUGGCAGCCGCCGACAUCAAGCAGCUGGGUGGCUCUGUGGAGCUGGUGGACAUUGGGACCCAGAAGGAAGUCCCCGUCAACGUCCGCUUCUGCCUGGAGGGCAUGGAGGAGUCGGGCUCCGAGGGCCUGGACGCGCUGAUCUUCGCCCAGAAGGACGCGUUCUUCAAGGAUGUGGACUACGUGUGCAUCUCCGACAACUACUGGCUGGGCAAAAACAAGCCCUGCAUCACCUACGGGCUGCGGGGCAUCUGCUACUUCUUCAUCGAGGUGGAGUGCAGCGACAGGGACCUGCACUCCGGCGUGUAUGGCGGCUCUGUGCAUGAGGCCAUGACCGACCUCAUCAUGCUGAUGGGCUGCCUGAUGGACAAGAAGGGGAAGAUCCUCAUCCCUGGCAUCAGUGAGGCCGUGGCCCCGGUGACCGAGGAGGAGCUGGAGCUCUACGAUAAGAUUGACUUUGACCUGGAGGAGUAUACCCGGGACGUGGGCGCCAGGACCCUCCUGCAUGGCUGCAAGAAGGACAUCCUGAUGCACAGAUGGCGUUACCCAUCCCUGUCUCUCCAUGGCAUCGAAGGUGCCUUCUCCGGGUCAGGGGCCAAGACCGUGAUUCCACGCAAGGUGGUCGGCAAGUUCUCCAUCCGACUCGUCCCGAAUAUGACUCCAGAAGUGGUCAGCGAGCAGGUUACGAGCUACUUGACCAAGAAGUUUGCUGAGCUUCACAGUCCCAACAAGUUCAAGGUGUACAUGAGCCAUGGCGGGAAGCCCUGGGUGUCCGACUUCAACCACCCUCACUACCUGGCUGGGAGGAAAGCCCUGAAGACAGUGUUUGGUGUCGAGCCAGACUUGACCAGGGAAGGCGGCAGCAUCCCGGUGACGCUGACGUUCCAGGAGGCCACGGGCAAGAACGUCAUGCUGCUGCCGGUGGGCUCGGCAGACGACGGAGCGCACUCCCAGAACGAGAAGCUCAACCGGUCCAACUACAUCGAGGGGACCAAGAUGCUGGCCGCGUACCUAUAUGAAGUGUCCCAGCUGAAGGACUGAGCGCCGCCCCACUGCCCCCGCGCGCUCCCCCGCGUCUCGGGACCGCCCGCCGCUCCUCCCCUCUGUCAGAUUCUGCAGACUUCCAGCGCGGACGUGAAAGCGCCCCCGCCCCGUCUCAGGAUGGAUAAGCAGUCAGGCCCGGGGCCUGUCAGCGACCCUGGAUGAGCUGACUGCCCCCUGGUGGUCAGCGUGAGUUGGUCUCCAGAAGAUGGCACGCAUUCCUCGGUACAAAGUGCUGGAUGGCGUCCACAAGGGCUGAAGCGGGGUUCGGGGUCUCCUGGCCCUGCCUCUGUCCCCAAGUCAUGGUCGUGCCCGCUCGGAGCAUCCCGUCCCAGGCCUGGGGCCUCGAGGGCAGCCUUCCCGAUCCGUGCUGUCUCGGGCACAUCCUGUCCUGUUCUCAAGACCUUUACCAUUACGAUAUUCCAUCUCUGUAUUAAAAUCCUUCAAAAUCUAAA